GCUUAUUUAACGUUAUGGUGUGUGCGUCUUCAUUUCUGCUGUAAAAUGGAUGAAAUUGGACAAUUAGAAGUCAGAUGGAUACAAGGAUUUACAGGAAAAAACGUCGAGUUUGUCGACAACAAUACUGUCUGUUAUCCAUGUGGGAAUCACCUUGUUUUCCUAAACCUCAGUACCAAAGAGCAGAGUGUGUUUGAGGGUCCAGGGUGCAGAGGCAUCAGUGCAUUUACAGCAAAUGGCAACAGUGGGGUGUUUGCAGUCUCUGAAAGAAAGCUAGACACCUCUAUAUUUGUGUACAAUUACCCUGAUCUUGGAUUGAAGAAUGAACUCAAAGGCUCAGCAAAACUGGACUACACAUCUCUAGCAUUAAGUGAUGGUGGUCCUUAUUUGGUCUGUUGCUCCUCUCUUCCAGACCACACCAUAACAGUGUGGAACUGGGAAAAUGCUGAGCCAGUUUGUACACAACCACAGGCUGGGAGGGAUGUAAUUUCUUUGGCGUUCAACCCUUUGAAUUGGCUCCAAGUUUGUGCGUUAGGAACUUCAUCCCUCACUGUGUGGAAUAUUCAGAAGAAUGUCAGCUGUCAUGUCCUAAAACCAAGUUUGAUAGAGCUUCCAGCUGUUGAUGGCACCAUUGUUGAGAGACUUUUGGUCAACUCUCAUAGCAUCAGUGAAAAACUUACCUAUCUUGGUCCAGAACUGCCUCCAUCAGCAAUUUCAGGGCUCAAAGGAGACAAGACUGAAAGCAUUGUGAACAAGCUCUGCACAAAACCCAGAGUUACUCCUACUGCCAUCUGCUGGACAGCCACAUCACAGCUGUAUGUGGGCUGUGAGGAGGGUUUUCUGCUGCUUGUGGACCCAGAGAGCCACUCUGUCUCCAUCCUCUACAACCCCACAACUGCUGAUGCAAUUCCUGAACUCAAACAGAGCAGCUUUCAAUGUUUAGCCCUUAACAGGAAUGGUUUGAUCACAGUAGGAAAGAACAAUAUGGCACACUGCUUGGAAAUAAAAGGAAUUCAGAUUACAAUCACACAGUCAUGGGAAUUAGAUGGACCUAUUACCACUGUUAUGUAUUCCCCUAACUAUGAAACAUUAUUUUUCUCCUCUAAUAUGGGUAAAAUCUACACCUUGAACACAAGCCAAUCAGAAGAGAUAGUGAACGUUCUGGAUGCUCUCAGUGGCGACUUUGUGGCUGCAGCUUUGUCACACACUGACAAGAAUAUUUGUGUGUCUGUGCAGAAAUGUGGACAACUGCAGGUGUUGUCCACAGAUGGUACCAGCCUUGGCUCCCUAUCUCUGCAGACUGAGGUGACAAGUAUGGCCUGCUGUCCUAUAGCAAACUAUGCGGCCGUGGGGACUUCUUCAGGAAGGGUCCUCUUUAUAGACCUGAACAGGCAGCAGCCUCGUGUGGUCCACCAGAUUCACCUUUACCGUGCAACUGUGGAUCACCUUGUUUUUGAUCCAAAUGGGCACUUCCUUUUCACUGGUGCCUCAGAUGCAUAUAUCUAUGUACUUGAUGCAAAGCCAUCAACACGAUUUUCAGUCAAAGGAUUCACAGUUGCUCGAGGAUCCAUUUUGUCUCUUGCCGCUCAGUAUAUCAACGACAGUGAGCAGGUGAAAGUUCUUGCACUGUGCACUCACAAGGACAAAAAAAGUAGCAGUCUGCUUACACUGCUCACUCUGUCGGUGAAAGAUCUUUCAGGUCCAGAUUGUGUAGACCGCCAUGGCUGUCUUUCUAAUCACAUCCUUAAAAUGACCAUAUUUGAAGUGCCUCAUCUGCUCACCUCCUGUGUCCUGGGAGUCAAUGAGGUCUUUGCUUACUGCCACAAGAGGAGGGCUCUUCAGCGGUUUCAGCUUCCUCAGGACUCAAACACUGACUCCAGGAAAAAGGUGGUCCAGCUAAAACCAGAGCAGGAAGUCAAGGGCCAUCCUUUAGGGCCUGUUUCACUCACACUGUCUCCUCAUCAGUUAUGGCUGGCGUCUUUGGGUAGAGAUGGUGUGCUGCGUGUACGAGAAACUGUUUCAAUGGAACACUACAUCGAGUUGCAGUGCCAUUCUUUGCAUCUUGGUGGACUUCAGAUUGUGUCUUUCUCUGCUGACAGUCAGACCCUCCUCACUGCUGGCUGCAAGGAUGGCUCUUUAGUGUGCCUUGAUCUGAGAUUCAAUGAUUUGGGCGCUGCUGAGUUGAAGGAAGCCACUCAGUAUUGCCAGUCUAUGGAUUAUGCCUUGAAGAAUGUAUUCCAAACAGAAAACCACAUCCUCAGGGAUUGGCCUGACUGGAGCCAAUGGUCUAAUGCUGGUGACACUGAUGUGAAUGAGCUUAGUAGGAGAGCGGAGAAUGGGGAAGUGACAGAUCUGGAUGAAAGUUCCACCGGCCUGUUAUUACAACUCACUUGGCUGGAAAACAGGCGAGAGGCGGUUGUGAAAGAAGACAAUGAACAGAAUUCUGAAGUAAAGGAAAAACUGAGGAAGAGCCUCAAAGCGUUACAUGACAUUGUACAGGACAUGAUGCAAGAAAAUGAGAACCUUCCCACAAUUCAACGUCUGGAACAACAUGAGUUUAACCUGGAUGUGGAUGAGCAGAGGAGACUGGAGGCACUGGUGCAUGAAGAGGCCACGAGGGUGAGAACUGAAAAAGAGUGGGAUAUUGUGGCCAACCGUUACCUCUGGGAUAUCUUAAAGAGACAGUACUGGGAUUCUAUGGAGGUCAAAAGCAAAUCCAUCAAAGCUUUUCACUCUGAACACGAGGUGAAGAACUACCCUCUGACACAACGGACUGAAACAGAGCUGGAUGAGCUCCGUAGAGUUCAGAAUGUCAGGAAGAUUGAAAUGGCUUCCUGCACUAGCACCAUAAAGAAAAUGACUAACACAUCGAGUGCUAAGGAGGAUGAGAAAGAGGCGGAAGACCAAGAGGUGCCGAGCGCCGCUGUGAUGGGAUGCUCCACUGCUGACUGCGGAUAUUCAAGUCCUUACUUAUACGACCAGUUCACAUUGCAGACCACAGAGCAGAAGAUUAAUCAGAUAAUCCUGCUACAGGAUGUGAUUUAUCAAGUCAAGACAGCUUUCAACACAGAAUUUGAAGCUGUACAUAAACAAAAGGUACAGGAGCUCAGUCGGAUCAGGGAGAGGAAUAAACGCAUCAAAGCCAUCAUGAGAGAACUGGACGUGAAGGAGACGCUUUGGGAGCCUUGUCUUUCAGCUGACGAGUGUCCAGAGAAGCUGCUCAGUGUGGACGACUCAGAGAUAAAAGCAGAGAAAUACCUAACCCCAGAGCAGAGGGAAGAGGAGGAGAGGAAAAGACUGGAAGAGCAAAGACGUUUUGCAGCCAAGGGUGAUAAUUCAAGAGAAAAGGCCUUGGAUGAUAUGAUGGAUGGAGUGCUUGAAGUAAAAAAAGAGGACGUCUUAAAAAUGGAAAUACCUCCGCCUGAGUUUGUUUUGACCAAACCUGACAUUCACUGGACUGAGGAAGAGAAAAAAGCGUACCGAGAAUAUGAGAAGAAAUCCAAAGAGCUGCAUGAGGAAAAAGAGAAGUACAAAAAGAUACUGGAAACUGAAAUGAAAAAACUGCAGGAGUCCACUAAGGAUGCAACUGAAAAGCUUGAUGAAACUUUGAAAAAGCUGUUUGAGAAGAAGGUGAAGUGUGAAUUUGCUGUAUAUCAGGAGGAGCUCAAGAUUACCGACCUUGUUUACUCAGUGUUCAAAGAAGAAGGGAUGAGAAACAGAGCUCUGGAACUCAAGCUCAAACUUGAAAAUGUGUUGGAGUACAAGGAUGAAGUCAGGGAAGAGGUGAAGAAAUGUGAAGAAGAAGUAGAAGAGUUUCAGUGCACAUAUAAUGCAAUUGUAGCCAAAGACAAAGAUCUUGACAAAAACUUCAAGAGGGAGUUCUGUGAUGUACCACGUCACAUCCUGGAACAGCUCUAUAAGCUCUUUAAGCGCAGACCCAGAGUUCAAAAGACGAAGACCCAGGCCGACAACACACCCAACCCUUUUACAGAGCAGCGCCAGAGUGCUUCGCUGGCCCCAGAUGGACUCGUCAAAAUGAUGAAAGCAAUGGAGGAGAUGGAUGACCCAAAGAAUAUCCCAGAGGGCUUAAAUGCGUUCAUCUGGGAGAGGUUUUGUCGUUAUCGAAGAACCAAGAUAGAGAGUGAGCACCAGGUAAAAAUGAAAACACAUAUUUUUGCUGAGAUGCAGUCAGUCCUGCAGAAGAUGACAGAAGAAAGCAUGGCCGCUGAAGAGGAAUUUAAAAAUAUCUCUGAUGAGCUCGAAAGACUCCACAGGGAGAAGAACCGUUUCCUGUCGGACGUUAUGGUCCAGGUCCUCCCUAAACAGGGUCAGGUGGAGGCUUCUGUCACAGACCUGACCUUGGACUACUCUGACUCUGUACUGGUCAACAGGACUGUGGUGGACGACCUCAAGAAAACAAUCAGGACACUUGGAGAUGAGAAAAUAAACCUGAUGGUGAAGUGCAAAGACAUUCGUAAAUUCACCAUCCAGCAGGAGUGGGAAGACAAGAAGUUAAAUAUGCAGAUUGAGGACCUCAUCAACAAGGCGAGAGACAUAAAGACAUUUCGGAUCUCUGAAGAGCAACGGGAGUAUCUCAACAAGAAAGACAAAAACAGUCAAGUGUCCAUGAAAGUUGUCGCUUUGGAGAAUGUUAUAGCUAUGCAAGAAAAGAGUCACCUAAAGCGAGUGGAGCAUCGCAAGAGGAGGAUUAAAGAGUUGAAACGGCGGACACAAAAAUGUAAAUCUACAGCAGUUUCAGAUGAGAGGCUCGCUGAGAUGCAUGCAGCUGUGUCUGAGAAGAUGCACAUUUAUGAAGCAAUAGCUGUGGAAGAAAAACAGGCAGCAAAAAGAGAACAACGCUACCAGGAAAUUGUCCAAAGGAAGAGGCUGGAGGACUUGGCCAGGGCGCAGGCACAGGAGCUGGCUGUCCUUUGGGCCGAGGUUGAACGGCUGAGGAUGAAGAACUUCCCUGCACUUAAUCUGCUGAAACACAACUAACCAACACUUCCUCUUCAAAGGUUUUAUUCACAUUGUUCUUAACAAAUAAACAUCUGCAUAGAAAUAGAAACAAUUAUAACUUAAACAAAAACAGCAGCAGCAACAAAUAAAACAGCAUCUUUUUAACACUUUA